AUGACAUUUGGUAAUAUACGAUAUUACAUAAUUUUUGUAGUAUUUGUUUAUGUUUUUGUUAUAAUUCAAACAAAUCAAAUUAUUAAAAGCAUUUCAUUGGUUUUGAAUGACACAAAUAUUGGCAUUUCGCUUUACUGUGAAGAAGGAAUACCGUUAUUGUUAGCUAAUGAUACGGUAAAAACAUGUCGACCGAAUGAAAAUCCGGAUAGCAAUAUGGCUUGUCCGGAAAGAUUUUGGUGUCAUGUUGGUGCAACACAAAAUUCUUGGUAUUGUUGUCCAAGAAGCAGAAAAGUGAAAGAACGUUGCCAUUUGGCACCAGCAAAUGGUUACGGAAAUGAACAAAUCGGUCGAUUUUGGUAUGAUUGGAAAAGUUCCACCUGUAAACAAUUAACAUAUGCUGGAUACGGUGGAAAUGAAAAUAAUUUUAUGACAAAAACAGAUUGUGAAAAAGCAUGCUUAGGUAAACUAUCUGCAGAAUCAUUAGCAUAUGGUUCGCUUUCAAAUAAACUUGGUGUUGGCAAUCAAAAGUUUUCGGUGGAGGAGCAACAAAGUGUUGUCCCAAAUCCUUGUGAACUCAGUCCAGAUCGAGGAGUCACUGUUAGUGGCACUUUAUCGUCUUAUCGAUGGUAUUUUGAUAUUUCCGCCGAUCGCUGUAUUCGAUUCAAUUAUUUGGGUUCAGCAGGAAAUGCGAAUAAUUUUGAAACAGAUCGCAUAUGUUUGGAUAUUUGUGGCAUUGGGAAUACUAGUGAUGACAAUAUUUGCUUACUUCCCAUUAUGCCGGGUACUGGUCCAUAUAAAAUCCCUCGCUUUUAUUACGAUUCUCGAAAUAAAGCUUGUAAACAAUUUGUUUAUACUGGAUUUGGUGGCAAUAACAAUCGUUUUACCAAAUAUGAACAAUGUUCAGAGACAUGCUUAAAUCCUGGGUCGCUUGCAACUACAACUGUCUCGCCAUCGCCAUUCGUUACUACUCAAAUUACAACAAAGGAAAUGUCCACAUUAUCAACAGAAUCAACAUUUAAUUUUGAAAAGUUCAAACAAUUGCAAUCUUUAACAACAGUUCUUCCACAGCACUUGGUUCUUGUUGAAGAAGUUAAAGAACUAAUGUCAACAACUAACAAUGCCAAUCAAUAUAAUAAGCCUUUCGGUGAAAAUUUGAACACUCAAAAUCUCUCUUCUCAAAUGAUAAGUUUUUAA